CCUUUCUACAGCAAUUAGGAUCUAACCUUGCUACAGCAAUGGCUUCAUUUGCCUUCAUUCUAGCCCAUGCCAUGGUUCUCUUAGUGCUGAUCCUUUCAUCCUUCAACAGCUUUGCUAAACAUGGUUACUCAUCCACCCGCCACCGCCAACACUACAGACAUCACCCCACGAAUAAAGCCACAAUAAAUCCCAGAUUGCAACAAGCGUAUGUGGCUCUCCAAGCUUGGAAGAAAGUAAUUUAUUCUGACCCUAAAAACUUCACUUCAAACUGGAUUGGCCCUUCAGUAUGCAAUUACACAGGAGUCUACUGUGCCCCUUAUCCAGACAAUACCAAAAUACAAGUUGUUGCUGGCAUUGACCUCAACUUUGCUGAUAUCGCUGGUUUUCUGCCUGAGGAACUAGGCCUUCUCUCAGACCUUGCAUUGAUUCAUCUCAAUAGCAACCGGUUCUGUGGCAUCCUCCCUCAAUCAUUAGCAAACCUUACUCUACUCUUUGAGCUUGACCUCAGUAACAACAGAUUUGUAGGCCCUUUCCCUUCUGUUGUACUUUCUCUUCCGACGCUGAAGUUUCUUGAUAUUCGCUUUAAUGAGUUUGAAGGGCCGUUACCUGCUCAACUCUUUGCCAAAAAACUGGAUGCAGUUUUUCUCAACAACAAUCUCUUUACUUCUGUCAUACCACCAAAUUUAGGCUUGAGUUCAGCAUCUGUUGUGGUGUUUGCGAAUAACAAAUUUGGAGGCUGCCUUCCUCCAAGCAUAGCCAACUUUGCAAACACUUUAGAGGAAUUGCUCCUGAUCAAUACUAGCUUAACAGGGUGCCUGCCACCUGAGGUUGGAUAUCUAUACAAACUUAGGGUCCUAGACGUGAGCUCCAACAGAGUAGUUGGUCCAAUACCUUACAGCCUUGCAGGAUUAGCUCACUUGGAGCUCCUCAAUUUAGCUCACAACAUGUUUACUGGAGACGUGCCCGCUGGAGUUUGUGUAUUGCCUAAUUUGUCCAAUUUCACAUAUUCUUAUAACUUCUUCUGUGAGGAGGAAGGCAUUUGCAUGAACUUGACAUCCAGAGGCAUUGCGUUUGAUGACCGUCGAAACUGUUUGCUGGAAAAGCCUCUUCAGAGGACCAAGAAGGAAUGCACUGCAGUGUAUGAGCAUCCUGUGGAAUGCUUUGACUAUCACUGUGGUGGUUCUGGUACUCCUCCUGCCCCAACACCACUGCCUUCGCCUCCCAGUGGCUAACUUCAGCAGCAACUAUAGUCAUCUCAACCAGUGAGCAAAAUAACAAAAUCCAUGUUGGUUUUGCUGGGGCCCUGUUAAUGAUUUGAUUGAAGUUUGUCUUGUAAAUUUGCUCUCGUCUUGAAACUUUUGAUUUGU